AUGGACCUUAAUUCUUCCAGUGGGCCCAGGACAUUGGCCUCAGUGGGUGUGCAGCCGGCCAGUGAGGACAGCCAAGGUCAGCAGUGGGCCAGAGCCAGGCCGCUGUCCAACCUAAACAGAAACACGAGGACGCUGGCCGAGGGGCAGGAUUGUGAGACUACGAGGCACCUGGAUUUCGAGCACCCGCCCGCCCAGAGCCUGCUCGCCGACGAGCACCUGGUCCUGUGGACGCUGUGCUCCGUGCUGCUGCCGGUGUUCAUCACCUUCUGGUGCAGCCUCCAGCGGUCGCGCCGGCAGCUGCACCGCAGGGACAUCUUCCGCAAGAGCAAGCACGGGUGGCGCGACACCGACCUGUUCAGCCAGCCCACCUACUGCUGCGUGUGCGCGCAGCACAUCCUGCAGGGCGCCUUCUGCGACUGCUGCGGGCUCCGCGUGGACGAGGGCUGCCUCAAGAAGGCCGACAAGCGCUUCCAGUGCAAGGAGAUCAUGCUCAAAAGCGACACCAGGGCCCCGGACGCCAUGCCCCACCACUGGAUCCGCGGCAACGUGCCCCUGUGCAGCUACUGUGUGGUUUGCAAGCAACAGUGCGGCACGCAGCCCAAGCUCUGCGACUACAGGUGCAUUUGGUGUCAGAAAACAGCACAUGAUGAGUGCAUGAAAAAUAGCUUAAAGAAUGAGAAGUGUGAUUUUGGAGAAUUUCAAAACCUCAUCAUUCCACCAAGUUACAUAACUUCCAUUAACCAGAUGCGUAAAAACAAAAAAACAGAUUAUGAAGUGCUAGCAUCCAAAUUUGGAAAGCAGUGGACCCCAUUAAUAGUCCUGGCCAACUCUCGUAGUGGAACUAACAUGGGAGAAGGACUAUUGGGAGAAUUUAGGAUCCUGUUAAAUCCAGUCCAGGUUUUCGAUGUAACUAAAACUCCUCCGAUCAAAGCCCUGCAACUUUGUACUCUUCUUCCCUAUCACUCAGCGCGGGUCCUUGUUUGUGGAGGGGAUGGUACUGUGGGCUGGGUCCUGGACGCAGUUGAUGAGAUGAAGAUUAAGGGGCAAGAAAAAUACAUUCCCCAGGUUGCAGUCUUGCCUCUGGGAACAGGCAAUGAUCUGUCCAAUACACUGGGCUGGGGGACAGGUUAUGCUGGAGAAAUCCCAGUUGCACAGGUCUUGAGAAAUGUAAUGGAAGCAGAUGGAAUCAAACUAGAUCGAUGGAAAGUUCACGUCACCAAUAAAGGAUAUUACAACCUAAGAAAACUCAAGGAGUUCACAAUGAACAACUACUUUUCCGUUGGACCCGAUGCGCUCAUGGCUCUCAAUUUUCAUGCUCAUCGCGAGAAGGCGCCAUCUCUGUUUUCUAGCAGAAUUCUUAAUAAGGCUGUUUAUCUGUUCUAUGGAACCAAAGAUUGUUUAGUACAAGAAUGUAAAGAUUUGAAUAAAAAAGUUGAGCUAGAACUGGAUGGCGAGCGAGUGGAACUGCCUAAUUUAGAAGGUAUCAUCGUUCUCAACAUUGGCUACUGGGGCGGUGGCUGCAGACUCUGGGAAGGGAUGGGAGAUGAGACUUACCCUCUCGCCAGGCAUGACGAUGGUCUCCUGGAAGUGGUCGGCGUGUACGGGUCUUUCCACUGCGCUCAGAUUCAGGUGAAACUGGCCAACCCCUUCCGCAUAGGACAAGCACACACAGUGCGGUUGAUCUUGAAGUGCUCCAUGAUGCCGAUGCAGGUGGAUGGGGAGCCGUGGGCCCAAGGGCCCUGCACUGUCACCAUAACUCACAAGACGCACGCUUCCAUGCUUUAUUUCUCUGGAGAGCAAACAGAUGAUGACAUUUCCAGUGCUUCAGACCAAGAGGAGGUGAAGGACGCCAACUACACCGAUGAAGACGUGCAGACUUAGCAUGUCCACCGCCCACGCGUGAGACACGACCGUCCUGAAGGAGGACGCGAUUCCGUACCAGCUCUUCAUUCUUCAUUUCACUCGUAGUACAACGGGUACACGUUUACAUAAAUAGCAUUCCCCAGACAGCCAAACUCCCAGUUCUUACAAAUUUUUCCACCAGGAUACCUUGAUCAUGUAUUACUAACUUUGAAAAAGUCACAGAAAGCAUGAAGUUGAAUUUUUUUCAUAGCUGUAUUUUGAGAGGGACUCUCUGAAGUGUGCACUGUCUCAUUUUCCUUAUUCUUGAACCACACACACUGGAUGGACAGGAUGUGGGUGGAAGAUCAUUUCCAUCUGAAUUUCUAAUGUGACACCAUACCGCAUUAAAAACCAGUUUGCUUUUUUUGGAAGGAAAUGGUUCACUUCAAACCAGCAUGGCUCACACUGGGGUCCGUGGCAGUGUGCCUCUGGAGAUUUCCUGUGCCCCAAACAUGUGAGUCCCAGCACAGUGAUUUCCAGAAAACCCCUUAAGGGAAGAAUGUGAAAAAGGACAAAACUUAAAGUGGUUAAGACUUCCAGUUUUCUCCUUGUGAUGUUGGGGACUAAACUCAAAUCCUUACAGAUUCUAGGCAAGUGCUGUAUCACUGAGCUACCACUCCAGCCCAGGAUCUUUUUUUUGCAUCAAAAGAGAAACACCAGAUAGGUGAUUUGUUCUAAAAAAAAAAACUUUUAGAGCACUCUGGAUUGAAAGUUACGGGUUCCAAACUGGAUAGUUCACCAAAUUCUCUUUUGAUUAAAAGACAAUGUCCACACCUCAAGAAAAAAAUAUAUAUAAAUGCGUAAAGGAAACUCAACAGUCAGACAGAUUGUUCAGAAACAAAUCCAGACUGUCAUGUUUUCGAGGUUCAGUAGUUCUUGUAUUUUGGAAUACAGUAGUCUUUUAUAUCUGAAGUACUUGACAAAAUGCCCCCUGGGAGGAGGUAAGUGGACAGAAGCCUCUGCUAAAAUGUUUAUAUCAUAUUUAUUUUACAGUAAGAGAAAGAGAGAUAUAUUUUUAACUUAUUUAUUAUUUAUUGUGGUGUCAGACUCGUGUUUAGUGUUUACACUGGUAUUAUAUAGCUUUAGUAAGUUUAAUUGGUCACAUAAACUGUGCCACUCCUCCCAGUCAGAUAAUUAAAUCCUAACUUAAUUCUCCUGACAGGUAGACUACCAAGAUAUUCUCACUUGUCAGUGUUUAGGAGGAGGGCAUGAAAAGCACUGAGCACCUACGACUUAGGAGCAUCCAAAAGCUUUGCUGUUUGUCUUGGUUGCCAAAUACUUCUUGAAGGGUGGUUUCGUGAAUGCCCACUAGGGGGCGCUCUUUGGCUGUUGUCAGGCGUCUGGCCUGAAGUUUUUCUAGCAAAUGGUCCGUUUGUGAGCUUGGUGGUGUUUAAUGAAAUUACUGUAAUCUCUGGAAGAUGAGAAUGUAUCCCCCAAAA